AGGCGCCCGGGACUCGGUGCUGGCGGAGGCGCGCCAUGCCACGGCAGGGCAGUUAGCAGCAGCGAUCGGGAGCGGGCGGCGGCGCAAGGGAUGGCCGCGCCUGCCCUCCCCGCCGGGCUGCUGCUGCUGUUGGUGGCGGCGGGCGGCUGGGCGCUGGAACUGCUGGGCGGCGGCGGCGGCGCUUACGAGGCGGCGGCGGGGUCGGAGCGCGGUGGCGGCGGGCGGUGCCAGGUCAUCGCGAUCCCCAUGUGCCAGGGCAUCGGCUACAACCUGACCCGCAUGCCCAACCUGCUGGGACACGAGCACCAGGGCGAGGCGGCGCUGAAGCUGCACGAGUUCGCGCCGCUGGUGGCCUACGGCUGCCACGGUCACCUGCGCUUCUUCCUGUGCUCGCUCUACGCGCCCAUGUGCACGGAGCAGGUGUCGGGCAGCAUCCCGGCCUGCCGGCCCAUGUGCGAGCAGGCGCGCCAGCGCUGCGCCCCCAUCAUGGAGCGCUUCCACUUCGGCUGGCCCGAGGCGCUGGACUGCGCCCGCCUGCCCACCAAGCACGACCCGCAGGCGCUGUGCAUGGAGGCGCCCGAGAACGCCACGGGCGCCGGCACGCCCGAGCCCCCGCGCGGCCAGGGCAUGCUCCCCGUAGCGCCGCGCCCCGCCCGGCCCCAUGCCGAGGCCGCCGCCGAGGGCCGCCUGGGGGCCGCCGGGCCCUGCCCCAACCCCGACAAGUUCCAGUUCGUGGCCAAGAGCGCCUCGUGCGCGCCGCGCUGUUCCCCGGGCGUCGACGUGUACUGGGCGCGGCGCGACAAGGAUUUCGCCUUCAUCUGGAUGGCCGUGUGGGCCACGCUCUGCUUCGCCUCCACCGCCUUCACCGUCCUCACUUUCCUGCUGGAGCCGCAGCGUUUCCAGUAUCCUGAGCGCCCCAUCAUCUUCCUCUCCAUGUGCUACAACGUCUAUUCGGUGGCCUUCCUCAUCCGCUCAGUGGCUGGCGCCGAGAACAUCGCCUGCGACCGGGAGGAGGGUGAGCUCUACAUCAUCCAGGAGGGGUUGGAGAGCACCGGCUGCACCCUCGUCUUUCUCAUCCUCUACUACUUUGGGAUGGCCUCCUCCCUCUGGUGGGUGGUCCUCACCUUGACCUGGUUUCUGGCCGCUGGGAAGAAGUGGGGCCACGAGGCCAUCGAGGCCCACAGCAGCUACUUCCACCUGGCGGCCUGGGGUGUCCCUGCCAUGAAGACCAUCGUCAUCCUCACCAUGAGGAAGGUGGCUGGGGAUGAGCUGACUGGGCUCUGCUAUGUGGGGAGCAUGGAUGUGGCUGCCCUGACGGGCUUUGUCCUCAUCCCUCUGUCCUGCUACUUGGUUAUCGGAACCUCCUUCAUCCUGACGGGCUUCGUCGCCCUCUUCCACAUCCGCAAGAUCAUGAAGACGGGGGGCACCAACACCGAGAAGCUGGAGAAACUGAUGGUGAAGAUCGGGGUCUUUUCCAUUCUCUACACUGUCCCAGCCACCUGCGUCAUUGUCUGCUACUUCUACGAGCGGCUGAACGUGGACUACUGGACCCUCCGGGCCUUGGAGCAUGGGUGUCUGCCCUUUCCUGGGCGGCGCAGCACGGACUGUGCCUUGGAUUCUUCUGUGCCCACCGUGGCCAUCUUUAUGCUGAAGAUCUUCAUGUCCUUGGUGGUGGGCAUCACCAGUGGUGUUUGGGUGUGGAGCUCCAAGACUUUGCAGACCUGGCAGAACCUCUGCAACAGGAAACUGGGGGUGAGGACUAGAGGGAAGCCCUGCAGUGGGGUGACCUGCACCGGGGCACACUGCCACUACAAAGCGCCUGCCGUUGUGCUGCACAUGACCAAGACAGACCCGUACCUGGACAACCCAACACAUGUCUGAGACAGGCCACCAGGGAGGAGCAGAGCCAUCUCAAGGGAACAAUUCAACACUUCACAGAGUUCCACAUUUUGUAGCAGGGUCAGCAAAGAGCGGACAGGCAUGUCAGGUGCGGGAUGGAAGGAGAAAGAUUUCAGGAGUGGCCAUAUGUGGGCAUGGGGGGGGGCUGUGGGCAACUUUAUAACGCCUCUGUCUGAAGACCCCAAAGAGGACACCUAACAGAAAGGCCUCCCCCCCUUCCCUCCCUCUUCCCCACCCCGUCAUAUCUAGCUUUUAUUCCUAGCGUUGUGGGUCGGAUCGCUCUGUGGCCAAGAUCCAGCACCUAUUUGAACGUUUUUGUUUUGGAGGGGAGAUAGAGGAUUUGUCCAAGUUUAUUUAAUUCUGUAAUUUAUUUUCGUUUGGUUUUUUAAAGGAAUUCAUUAACUAAAAGAAAGGAAAGAAUCCCCAAUAAACCCUGGCUGUGUUAUUUCAACUGAGGCUGUUUGCAGGAAUGUUGCGAGGCUUUGGAAGCAGCUGUGUGGGGGAAGAGAUUUAAGUCCAGCGGCUGAGCCUGGAUGUCUGCAGGAGGCAGGCAGGGGGUGAAGCCUCUUGCUGCUGCUCUGCAGCCCUGAACUAGCUUUAGACCUUGUCACCACCAACGUGGGGAGGUGUUUGGGGCUGGGGGGGGCCUCUCUGUCCCCAGAGUUUCAAGCAGCCA